AUGGACCGGGACCACUGGACAUUCGGUGCAGGAAGGAGGAUAUGCCCUGGGUUGCCGGCUGCGGAGCGAGAGCUAUGGCUUGCCAUCUCGCGACUGUUAUGGGCGUUCGACUUCCAGGCGCUCCCUGAUGAGCCUAUCUCGCUUGAGGAGUACGAGGGCCUGUCCGGGCGGACGCCAAUCCCGUUUAGGGUCAGACUCGUGCCUAGAUGUGAGCAGGUUGGGAAGAUUGUGAGAUCUGUAGAGGAGAUGGCGUUGUGA